CCUGCUGUCAUUAACAUUUUGCAGGAGUUCGCUGACGUCUUUCCACAAGACGUGCCACCGGGAUUACCACCUAUUAGAGGGAUUGAGCAUCGGAUUGACUUAAUUCCCGGUGCAUCGCUACCCAACCGUGCACCAUACCGUACCAAUCCAGAGGAGACGAAGGAGAUUAUGCGUCAAAUACAAGAGCUGCUCGACAAAGGUUAUAUACGUGAAUCUCUUAGUCCUUGUGCUGUCCCUAUUAUUCUAGUGCCGAAAAAGGAUGGUACAUCGCGUAUGUGUGUUGAUUGUAGAGGCAUUAAUAGUAUUACUAUUCGUUAUCGCCAUCCUAUUCCUAGGCUAGAUGAUAUGCUUGAUGAAUUAAGUGGCUCUAUAAUUUUCUCCAAAGUUGAUUUGCAUAGUGGAUACCAUCAAAUUCGCAUGAAAUUGGGAGAUGAAUGGAAAACGACAUUUAAAACUAAGUUUGGCUUAUAUGAGUGGUUAGUUAUGCCUUUUGGAUUGACUAAUGCACCUAGCACUUUCAUGAGAUUAAUGAAUGAGGUUUUACUAUCUUUUCUUGGCUAUGUUGUUACUCCACACGGAAUUGAAGUUGAUAAAGCCAAGAUUGAAGCUAUUGAGAGUUGGCCGCAACCCAAAAUGGGUCAAGCAAAACUGAACAAUAGACAUGCUAAAUGGGUUGAAUUCAUUGAGACUUUCUCGUACGUCAUUAAACACAAGAAGGGUAAAGAAAAUGGUAUUGCUGAUGCUUUGUCUCGUCGUUAUACUAUGCUUUCACAACUUGACUUUAAAAUAUUUGGUUUGGAGACCAUCAAAGAUCAAUAUGUGCAUGAUGCUGAUUUCAAAGAUGUGCUCGAGAAUUGUAAAGAAGGGAGAACAUGGAACAAGUUCAUCAUUAAUAAUGGAUUUGUGUUUCGUGCUAACAAGCUAUGCAUUCCAGCUUGCUCCGUUCGUUUUUUGUUGUUAUAUGAGGCGCAUGGAGGACGAUUGAUGGGACACUUUGGCAUAAAGAAGAUAGAGGAUCAGGAAGAGGAUAGGCGACCUGGGCGAAUCGGGUGGCGGCUCGGCGGAGCGGCGACUGGGGCGGCGGUUCGACCGUGCGGGGGCUCGACGGAGCGGCGACUCGGGCGGUGGCUCGACGGAGCGGUGACUCGAGCGACGGCACAACCUUGCGGCGACUCGGCAGAGCGGCGAAUCGGGGCGCGGUGCGACCCUGCGGGGGCUCGACGAGCUGGUUCCUUGUGGGGGCGACGCGACCCCGUGGCGACUCGGGCCGCAGCGGCGCAACCCUACGUGGGCUCGGCGAGGGGCGAGCUGGUUCCCGCGGCGACGGACUGGAGCGAUUUGGUCCAAGCUAUAAUUUUUUUAUUGUCUGUAAGUAUAUUUUUACCUAGGAUUGUUGUGGGACGUUGGAUGGCGAUUGGAGGGCGGAUGGGAGGCCGCAUGUUGCAGCGUGACAUGUUGUAG